AUGCUGGUAGCAGCGGGUGUGGCUGAAACUGAGCUGGUGAACCUCGAGACGCCAGCAUCCGUGCCCUCGGGCACCGAGACCCCGGACUUGGAGGCUUUGAACCGUGGCGACGAGACCCCGCUGCUGGGACUCUCCUGGCCCAGCGACCUACGGCGACUUCGGCCCCAGCUCUUUCGGGGCCCCGCGCCCCGGCGCGAGGCGCGGCGCGAGCUGAGAGCCGAGACGCCGCUCUCCGUGGUGUCGGAGUCGCCCAUCGCCUCGCCGACCCCGGUGACGAGUGGCUCCAUGCCGGCACCGGCCCUGCCGCCCCGGCGCCUGCUGCCGCUUUCCUUAAGCUCGCCUUUGCCGGUUCCGAGCCCGAGCCUCCUCUCCGUGCCUUCCGAGACAGAUGUGCUCUCACCCACAGCGCAGCCCUCCCGGCUUCUGGUCGGCGAGGGCACACCCUUGGAGAUGAUGCUGCUGGGCUCUCGUUGGUUUAGGGUUUAG